AUGGGUUGCUGCUGCCUUUCCCAUGAUAGUGCGGAGAUUGAGGAGCCACUGCGCAUCAGAGCAAAUCCUGGUCCCCCGCCACGGCGAAGAUGCACCGACUUCCCUUGCUGCAUCUUGUUUGCCACCGUCCUUGUCGGAAAUGGUAUUCUCUUGGUCCUCUUCAGCAAAGUCGGAGACCUAAGGCGCAUCGACCAUGGACGUGACCAUGACGGGAACUUGUGCGGGCUUGGAACGCAAGCUGCGAGUGCCUAUGCCUUCUACCCGGACUUGGAGACGGAUUUCGCUAAGGACCCGUCUCUACGGCAACGCUACGGGAUCUGCCUUCCCGGAUGCCCAGCAGUGGGGAGCACCGUCCAGGACUAUGGCAACAUGCGCCAGGCCGAGUGGGUAGUUCUGCAGCCUUCUUUCGCAGUUUUUGGACGCUGCGUGCCGUACCAGCGGCCAGCUGAUCAAAGCAGCACCAAGUUAUGCGCUUCACCGGCAUGUCAGCCCAUCGUCGGGGCGCCGACCAAGCCACAGCAGGUAUGCGGUCUGACGAGAGACGGGACGGACAAGUAUUGGCUUCUCGAAGCUCCUGACACCUCCAUAGAAGACGGUUGGCGUGCCGAAGGAGCUGACAGUGCAGUGAUCAGCGCGAGGGCGACAAUGGCUGGGACUUCCAAGGGGUCGGAUUGCCGACAGCAGCUUCGGCGCGAAGCUGACGUGUCGAUCAGGCCGCUGGACGACAGCGUGGCAUACAACCUCCUCACCUCCGUUACUAGCCCGGUGUACUCUGUGGGGAACUCCAUCAGUAGCAACUACGCACUGAUACUUGGGCUGGGAGUUGGCGGUUCAGCUGUGAUGUCUGUGAUUAUCAUGCUCCUGUUUCCGAUAUGCGCACCUCCUGUGCUGCUUUCGCUGCUGGUGGUUGUGUUUGUAGCACUCAUCCUGGCGGAUUACGUUCUUUUCGUCCAGGGAGGCAUCGCGAGUGGAAGGACUGGAGCGCAACUGCAGCAGUUCUUGUCCAGCCUGUCCAUUACAGUACCAUCCGGUGCAGAAAGCCUGCUCACUCAAGCCAGCAGCAACCAGGCCACAAUGCAGUGGUUCGCAGUCAGCGGGUGCUUGCUGGCCGUGGCCAUCAUGCUCUUGGCCUGCACUGUGCUGUCGUUGGCGAAGCAGUUUAGAGUCGUGCUUGCCCUGCUUAGCGAGGCUGGGAACAUGAUCCGCAGGGUGCCUUCGCUGCUUGCCUUACCGAUGAUCCUGCUGCUCAGCCUUGCACUGUUUGCGAUUCUGCUGAUGCUGGGCUUGCUUGGUGUGGCCACUGCUUCACAGGAGCAGGUCGCAAGCUUGGUUGGAGGCUUGAACAUCCAGGGAGACGAGGCCGUGCGGCGGUUCCAACAAGGUGCAGCAGGUGUUCUCAUCGUCAGCUUCAUUUGGCUGUACUUCUUCCAUGUUGCCAUCUACCACAACACGAUAGCGUUAACAGUGUCCAGAUGGUAUUUCCGAGGAGACUUGCAGGAACAUCACAUGUGCCCUUCCCUUGGAGGCUGCUUGGGUGGCCCGGUUGCCAUCUCGCUUUUGCAGGCCUUCCGAUAUCAUGUUGGCUCUUUGGCCUUCGGCGCGCUUGCCCUGACUGCUUGCACCGUGCCGCGACUGGUGCUUGAGUACGUGGAGAGGCAUGCCAAAGAAACCGGCGAACAAAAUGCUUUGGCCGCAGCUGUGCGGUGUGCGACGAGGUGUUGUUUAAGCUGGCUUCACUGCUGCUUGCAAUUUGUGACAGAGUACGCGUACAUGUACGUGGCCGUCAUAGGAGAACCUUUUUGCCAAUCAGCAUGCAAAUCGUUUCAACUCUUCACCAAGUACCCUGCGCAGGUCGCUCUUAACACUUUGACAUCGGUGGUGCUGGGCUUUCUCGUGUGCAUCGGCGUGCCAUUUGCACUUGUACUCGCCGCUUUCUUCGAGCUGCGAGACAGUUGGGUCAACUUUCAGCCAGUCGCAGUUUGCGUGAUCAUCCUUGCGUACAUCAUCUCCCGCAUGUCAGUCGGAGUUUACGAUGCGAUACUGACGACUCUCUUCAUUUGCGCGAUGAGGGACGAGGAGUACUGCGGUGGACAGCACAUGGGCCCCGAGCUUCGACAAGCGCUUCAGCUGAGAGGUGGGUCACGAGAGGUGGAGUUCUCAUGA